CCCUCUCCCCCGGAUUGCGCUCAUAGGCUCGGUGGCCUGGCCGUUUCUGUUCCCGGUCUUAUACCCUGGGCGCGGCCCCGGGGGUGGUCCGCUGCUUCCGCCAUGGGCUUAGAGCUCUACCUGGACCUGCUGUCCCAGCCCUCCCGCGCCGUCUACAUCUUCGCCAAGAAGAACGGCAUCCCCUUCGAGCUGCGCUCGGUGGAGCUGCUCAAAGGCCAGCAGCACAGUGAUGCUUUUGCCCAGGUGAAUCCCCUGAAGAAGGUGCCAGCCUUGAAGGACGGGGACUUCACUUUGGCUGAGAGUGUGGCCAUCCUGUUGUAUCUGAGUCGCAAGUAUGAGGUCCCCGACCACUGGUACCCCCAGGACCUGCAGGCCCGUGCCCGUGUGGACGAGUACCUAGCCUGGCAGCACACAGCCCUGCGGAGUAGCUGCACUCGAGCCAUGUGGCAGAAGAUGAUGUUCCCAGUGUUCCUGGGUGAACAGGUGCCCCCUGAGACAUUGGCAUCUACCUUGGCUGAGCUGGACAGGUGCCUACAGCUGCUUGAGGACAAGUUCCUAAAGGACCAGGACUUCGUUGCUGGACCUCACAUCUCAGUGGCUGACUUGGUGGCCAUCACAGAGCUGAUGCAUCCUGUCAGUGCUGGCUGCCAAGUCUUCAAAAGCCGACCCAAGCUGGCUGCAUGGCGCCAACGUGUGGAGGCCGAGGUGGGGAAGGAUCUCUUUCAGGAGGCACAUGCAGCUGUCAUGAAGGUCGAGGAUUUGCCUCCAGCUGACCCGGCCAUAAAGGAGAAGCUGAAGCCCUCCGUGCAGUGUUUAUUGCAGUGAGUGGAAGGCCAGGCUUGCAGAGAUGAUGGAGACCCUGUUGUUAGAAUGAAGAGGUGGAGUUGUCCCUCCCAGGCUGUGAGCAAGACACACUCUCCAGUCUCUGGUCCCUGGUUCCCUCCAAGCAUCAGGUCUUCGUUCCUUCUUCCGUCUGUUUCCACACUCCACUCCCGCCCCUUCCACUCUGACUUCGUGUCACCCCUGGAAAGAGCUUAGUAAACACAUAUUUGACCCCGGCUCUCCUGUGUUUGAAACUUUCCAUGGUGCUGAACUGCUCUGGGGCUAAAGUAUGAAUCACUGAACUUUGCAUUCAAGGCCUUGCCCACCCCUCCAGGGCACUCCCUUCUAGUUGCACACGGUAGCCCAUCAUUUUUAGACCCCUUCUCCCAGCUCCCACCUCUACCUCCUGGCCUUGGCUUAGGCUGUUUUCAUUGCUAAUAGGGCCUGUCUUCACCUUUGCCCGGUGCCCCUUCUGGUCUUUAGGCAUUUGUCACCAUUCACUUCUCCAGGGAGGCUUCCCUGACUUCCUCAGCUCCAGGCCAAGUCAGGUGACACCCCCCCCACCCCCCAGACUCCUUAGCCCCAGUGCCUCCCUCCCCUCAACCCUGGAACAAAGCUGGUUCAACACCCCCUCAACUGAGCACAUGUCAUAGAUGGGGGUCACGCUGGUGAAGAGAUGUCUGAAUCAGGCAUGGCCUUGUUCUCUUAGGUCUCUGUCCUCCCUCUGGGGUGAUGCUGUCUCCCACAGGUGGGUUGGGUGCAGGGCUGGUUUCUGAAGCUCCUUGCAGGGAGGGAAGUCCCAUGUUAGUUCCUGGCACUCUGGGUGCUGCUGCUGCUGAGGGAACAGAAGGCAAGCUGAGGACA